CGGGAUGACGUACGUUUUACGUGCAUGGCUUUGGUUGUGUUUUUCUCUUUGGAGAUCUUCGUAAAUUUUGACUGUGGGGCUAUUCCCUGUACGCUCUCUCGCAUGGCCGAUGAAUUCCGCCUCUCCCCGACCUGGCAAGGCAUGCUGGGGGCUCUGCCAUAUGUGGGUCUCACCGUCACCGCGCCCUUUGCCGGACGCAUCUUUGCACAAUGGCGUGCGAAGCGAGUCCUUGUGGUGUCGAUGACUCUAAAUGCAAUUGCCACUCUCAUGAUGGUCCUGACGCUCUGUCUGCCACGUGAUGUGCCCUCUACCACUAGCACGCUCGCUGCAACCACUGCUGGAACUGGAGGCAAUGAGGGACCUCACUUAGAGGUAGUGGAUAUAACAGGGGCAUCGCCGGCGCUACUCUCUGCACAAACGGGGCCGAAGAAGGACAACAUGCGUGAGCCCUCCUUUCACCUUCCAGAUUUCUCUUUCGUGGAGUUGACAUCCUCCGCGGUGAUGUUGCUAGUCAGCAGGCUUCUAGUAGGGCUCACGCAGGCGCCAUUCGUUAUUUACGCCCCUGUUUGGGUAGACGAAUUCGCUCCCCGCAAGCAGGCAGCACUAUGGAUGGGCAUAAUGCAAGGAUCCGCAGUCGUCGGCGUCACCGUGGGAUAUCUAAGCGCAGGCGUCCUGUCAGUCUAUUUGGACUUUAACUGGCGGGCAGCUAUCGGCGUGCAGAUCGUAUUUCUGUGCUUGCUCAUUGCAAUAGUCUCCAUCUUCCCUAAAGAAUAUAUAGACACCCCGGGGAGCUCCAGGAGCCUAGAUCAUCACGAACCCUGCUUCAGCCCUUCAGAGGAGGCGGGCGUUUUUGAGCAGGAGGCCCAACGGGAGGGGCAGCACGAACCGGAGGGACAGCAGGAGGAUCCUGGCGACGGGGACCCUUUACCAGCUUCGGCAGUUGUGGAGUUGGCUAGCGGUUGCGCUGACUGUCGAAGCAGUGACCUCCCAACCUCCCAGCAGCAAGGAUAUGAAGUGCAACAGCAAAGGCACACACGCGUGGAAACAGGGUUGCCAUUGACCCCAGCUCGAGCCAGCGAAGCCCACAGAAGGCGGUCCACGGAUGGGAGAGUACAUGCUCUUGCAGGCUGCGCGGCAGCAAGAGGGCCCUUAUAUAAUGCUACCCCACGUGUCCACUCCACCCACAAGCACUCCACACUGACCUUGCUCAUGACGCCUAUGUACGUUACGCCGAUGCUGACGUUAUGUGCGUUGUUGUUUGUGGUCACUGGGGUUCAGUUUUGGGGCACAAUCUUUUUUACUUCUUCUUUGGGUCUUAGCCCUACAGUGGCGAUGCUUACAUUUGCUGCUGUUGCGGCCACCUCCCCCGUGGCCGGGGUGGUAAUGGGUGGAGUUACAGUCGAUGCAGUAGGCGGCUACAAGACCCUCAGCGGCAGACGACGCACCCUCUACGCAUGCACGGCUUAUGCUACCGCGGCCGUAAUCACAGCUGUAAUAGGGAGCUUUAGCUCGAACACGUAUAUGUGCGUCGGAUCGCUCUGGUUUCUGCUCUACUUUGGAGCGGCGAUGUUGCCGCCGCUCACUGGCAUUCAGAUCGAUGCUGUGAGCCCCCGGCUGCGCACUCUUGCAAGCGGUGUCUCCAUGUUCUUCUAUAAUAUCCUGGGUUAUGCCCUGGGCGCCUUUCUCCCCGGAGUUUUUAUAGAUCUUUUCCACGGGGGCGAUAUCCUCGGCCUUAGGCUGGUGCUCUUAUGGUCUUCCUUCGGGCUUUUUUUCGUCGCCAUCACGGCUGUUUACGCGCGUCAUAUGGAGAAGCAAAGGGGUGGAGCGAGGCCCCGGGUGUCGUCACGAGAGCUCGUUAUAUGCCCUGAUGCAGUUAUUCUUUCCCCCGGGGCUACACCCCUGUCCGACACGGGCCGAAGGGUUUACAAUGCACAGGGAUUCCUUCCCAUAAUAACAUAA